GGGCGAGAGAGAUGGUGUAAGACGGCUCAAUUGUCCAGCGAACCACCAGCUCUCAUCGGUCCCCUGCUCUGGCGAGAUGUCGGGCGGUGACGGACGAGCAGCCGAGCAAGUCAUGAUCAAAAAUAAUGCAUGCAUUUGUGCUAUGCAUGUUGAUUGAGAGAGUAGUCGGGGGUCCCCUCCUAACGAUAGACUUCUUGUAAUGGUGCCUAGCAAUGUGACCUGCCCACAGUCUAUGUGUGACCCCAUGGCUGUAUAGCAACAAAAGUGACAGCAGCUCGCGGCCACCGCUAGCUGCUCCGCUCUUAUUUACUCCUCCAGAUCUAUCCGCUCUUUUGGGAGAGCCGCCGCGGCAGCUGAAAGCACGUUUUUCUCGCGCUUCCAAAUCAUGACGAACGGCUGUGACCUGCCGAAACUGGCCCUGCUGGUGCUCGUUUUGCUGCACUGGACCUCAGACGUGGUUGGCAUCAAAUGCUUCCAAUGCAGCUCCCAGCAGAAUGACUCUGGUUGCGCUGAACUUGGUGACAUUCAGGUCAGCCACACAACCAAUUCUUUAGCAGCUUUGUUGGAGGAAAAAAACCGCGUCGAAAAGGCGCUCAGCUACUACAAGGACUGCGAAGACUCUUUCGGAGGAAAAGAACCCUUCUGCAGGAAAAUGCAGCAAACAAUUUACGCGCGCAACAACCUGAGAGUGGUGAUUAGGUCGUGUGGAUGGAACAACGACAGCCGUGACUGCUAUCACUUUGAGAACAAAGGUCACGCCGAAACUGUGUGCCAGUGCUUCGAAGACGGCUGCAACGCGGCCCCGAGGGUGACACGCGGCGUUUUUCUAGUUCUGGUCGCCCUUUUGACCAGCACGUGGUUGCGAUGAUACAGCAGGCAGGGACUGAUGUGAAAUAAGAACCCUGACUUUUCAAUUCAUUAUUAUACAGGGCAAUGUGUUUUAAAAUAGCUGACAGUUUCUAACCACUGCCGUAAUGGUAAAAAUAAAUCAAGAAAUUUUAACUUGAGACGUGUGCUUCCUGUUCAAAAUGAAUUUUAAUGUAACACAAUUGAACGGUCUAUGAUUAUUUGAUGAAUAUAGGCGGUGCAAGACUGAUCAAAUUCUAAUUUUAAGGAGUCGAAUGUCUGUGUAAGUGUGUCAUUUUUAUUGAUAUUGCCUUUACUAUUGACAAAUCAGAGAUAUGAAAUUUUAGCCUGACGAGUUUUAAUUCACGCACAUGUUUUUAUCCUACUAAUUCAUUUCUAUGUAAAAUAGUCCAAAAAUAAAAAUAAAUAAUGCUCAUUGGAGAUCAUUCUAUAAAUCUGAUAAUUUAUUUUAAAUCUUUUCAUUGUUAUCAAUUUUAGUAUUUUUUAAAUAAAAAAAUCAAAUAAUCGGUCCUAUGAAUUGAUACGCAAAAGAACACAAUAAAACGCGAGCGUAAAUUCUGAGUAAGUGUACAUAUAGCUCUGUUUCUAUUAUUGAUCCAUCCACGCUUCUUCUGCCUGACAGUGGCCACGAAGGCGCCUUUCUAUGUGGCGCCUCGUUCUCAAUAAAUCACGAGGAAUUAGGAAGAAAUAAUGCAUUGCAAUAUUU